AUGAUGAUCCUGACGGGUGAGGAGGGUGACGGUGGCAAGGUAACUCAGGCAGACAUCGAGCGGGUUCAGAAAGAACUGGGCCUGGAUCGCCCGGUAUACAUCCAGUACGCCGACUGGCUUUGGAAAAUUGCCCAGGGCGACUUUGGCGAUUCCGUAUGGUAUGGAACCCCGGUCCUGGAUGAUCUGAAAGAACGGUUUUUCAUAACCCUUGAACUGGCAGCGCUGGCCAUUGUGCUGGCAUUCAUCGCUGCGGUGCCGUUGGGUGUGCUCUCGGCGGUCAAGCAGGACACGCCCCUCGACCACGUGAGCCGCUUGCUGGCGCUCGUGGGGAUCGCACUGCCCACUUUCUGGUUGGGCAUAUUGGUGAUCUAUGGUCUGACCUAUUCUGUGGGAUGGUUACCGCCGUUGGGAUACGCCACCUUAUGGGGCGAUCCCUUCACCAAUCUGCAACAGUUAAUCUUCCCGGCCUUGGUACUGGCUUUCCACGACAUGGCUUUCACGGCGCGGGUCGCCCGUUCGGCUAUGCUGGAAGUCCUGCGGGAAGACUACAUGCGGACCGCGCGCUCCAAGGGCCUGCGCGAAUGGACCGUGGUUGGACGCCACGCUUUGAAAAACGCCCUCCUCCCGGUGAUAACCGUAUCCGGUUACCAGUUCGGUCGUCUGCUGGGAGGGACGAUCAUCAUCGAAUCCAUAUUCGUGAUACCCGGCGUUGGACGUUACCUCAUUGACGCAAUCAUCCACCGUGAUUUCGUCGUGGUCCAGGGCGUGGUGCUAUUGGCCGCGGCCGUGGUGCUGCUCCUGAACUUGGUGAUUGACGUCCUGUACGGUGUGCUCGACCCUCGCAUCCGGUAUUCGUAG